AUGUCGAGCUCUAUGGAGCCGCGGCCGCUCAUAUCGGCCUUUGAGAGUCCGACCUUCGAUGAGAACAGCUCCUUCCAUGUCGAACAACCUGUUGGGGCUAUGUCAAUCUCGCCCUGUGGGCGAGAUGUCGUGCUGGCUUCUAAGGAGGGCUUGCACGUCAUUGACCUCGAUUCGCCCUAUUCUCCACCCCGCUAUCUUCCCCAUCACACACCUUGGGAGGUCGCCGAUGUACAAUGGUCGCCAUUCGCAUCUCGUGACCAAUGGGUUGUGAGUACAUCCAACCAGAAAGCUCUGGUCUGGAACCUGGCGAUGAAGUCCUGGCAGAACUCAAUUGAACAUGUGCUGCAUGCCCAUUCGCGCGCCAUCACCGAUGUCAACUUCUCCGCUUUUCAUCCAGACCUUCUUGCGACCUGCUCUGUCGACAGCUUUAUACACUGCUGGGACUUGCGAACGCCUUCGCGUCCCGCUAUCUCGUUCUCGGAUUGGUUUACCGGUGCCACCCAAGUAAAGUGGAACCGACAGGAUCCCCAUGUCAUCGCCAGUUCUCAUGACCGAUUUCUCCGGAUCUGGGAUGACCGUAUGGGUGCUUAUCCGAUUCGAUCUAUCGAGGCGCAUGAUACCAAGAUUUAUGGAGUCGAUUGGAAUCGUGUUCGACGAGGCGCUUUGGCCACUUGUUCCCUCGACAGGACCGUCAAGUUCUGGGACUAUACCUCGGAUACAGACGUACCGGAGAAAAUGAUCAAAACCCCAUUCCCUGUGUGGAGGGCCAGAAAUACACCUUUCGGAUGGGGUGUCCUGGCAAUGCCCCAGAGAGGAAAUGGUGACCUCCAUCUAUACAGUCGUAGGGCUGGCGAUGGCGCCAAUCCUGAUGACGAUCUACCUUUGGUGCAUAGCUUCCCGGGACACAAAGGCCAAGUGAAAGAGUUUUUAUGGAGGCCACGCGGAGGUGUGACGGAUGGAAUCGAUAACCGCGAGUUUCAGCUGGUGACAUGGGGAACCGACCGUGAACUUCGUCUGCACCGAGUCGAUCCCGAAAUUCUGGAACGAGUUGGAUAUGAGAAAGGCAAAUCAUACAUAUCUACUCGAAACGUGACCCGACUGGGGGCCGUCUAUCGAAGCUUCAGAGAUGUCAACUCAGAUUUAGAUGUCGAGGACAUUGAGUCUGCUUCUUCGGUCAUGCACCAUAAUUCGAGCACAGGCUAUCCUGGUGGACCUGGCAUGAAUGCUAUUUCCGUACCCCAUGCCCGUGGCUAUACCCCCCGUGUUGACAAUCAUAUGGGCAUGAAACCGCGGUCGAACUUGAGGGCCGAUACCAAUCCCAUCGCUUGGAUGCGUGGAGUUAAGAUCUCCGGUUGGGAUAUUGAGACUCUCGGUGAUGAGAUUAGUCACGUGGGCGAGAAGUUCACGAAAGUUGCCUUCGAAUCGGUUGAUGUACGGCAAAGGAAAAUCUCUAUCUCUCUGAAUGGUCCUUGGGGUGCGGAAGGCGAUUCACUUUUCUUGAAAGUGGAUAUCAAGUUUCCUGUUAGCUACCCGAAGUCUGCUAUUCCGACGUUCUCCUGCCAAAAGACCACUGCCGUUACCGAUGUUCUGUCCGGCAAACUCACUGCCGAACUUCGAACGAUCGCUGAAACAUACAUGUCCCGGAAGCGGGGAUGUUUGGAGGGUGCCGUUCGAUACCUUCUUGGGGAGAGCACUCUGGAAGAGAGUAUCGCUUGGAUCCUGGGCGAAACCGGUGAAAAUGUCAAGUCACCGGUUAACGGCGAGUUAGAAGGCGAGUCAAGUGACGAAGACGAAGUUGGAAUGACACAAAGUCAAGAGCUGGGGAUGAGCUCCGAGCUGCUUCGUCCCGUGAACGCCAAUGUAAUGGUACCAGUUGCCAAAGCAUGUGGUGCACUUUGGGCGAAUGACGGCCGCUUGAUUUGCUUCUUCCCACCGAAGAAAGAUAAGUCAACAGAGCUGUUCGACAAUAUUGGUUUCAAAGAGAUGAGCAGAUUAUCGAGAACAGACAAGGUCUUUGAAGGCUUCGGGCGCCUGCAGACAAGCUCCCCGGGACCUCGCACAAAUGGGACGAUCGCAAGUACAGAUGAUGGGGCAUCGGAUUAUUCUGACGAUUCAUACUCGGACGCUUCUAGCUCGUCAGGUUCAUCGUCUGACAUGAUCUCCGGUUUACCCACGACGCGAUUCCAACCACCACAAACAUGGCGCAGUUCUGGCAGCAUCGGCAUUUAUCGACCACGAUCUACGGAUCAUUCCCAAAGAUCAAUCGGAGGGGCUGCGACCGCGAAAUCAUCCGAUGUAGCCAGGAAUGUGAUCUCUAUCCAUGACCUCAGUGAUAUGCUCCCGGUCAAACGACAGCUUGCCAGCAAAUAUCGCAUCUGCGGCAAAGGGACGGAUGUCUGCUCUCACAAUGCUGCCGUAGCCCUGGACGCAGGGUGCUACGAGUUGGCCCAAAUUUGGGGUCUGAUCAAGUUGAUCUUACACGUUCGGCGAAAGCCUGGCUCGCCUCUCGACUUAAGAACAGGAUUGAGGCGUGCUUUGCGCGGAAAUGAUACGAAUGCAAAUAAUUUGCUAGAAAGCAGCAAACUUUACAGAGACCUAGCCGGUAGCGUUAUUCGGUGGGGAGACCAUCCCAUGGGGAGUCACUGGCUUGUUCCAGCUCUUUUCGACCACUUCGAGCGAAUCGGCGACGUACAGAUGGUUGCGAUGCUUUCCUGUGUGCUUUUAGAGGCCAACCACGAGGGAAAGCCUCAGAAGACACUAGAACCUCAGCCGGGACAGCCAGCACCUCCUCUCGAAUUCUCGUCAGUUGCGUCUACGGUACAAAACAAGUCACAAUUGACCACGCCCGCUUCGUCAGUCCCAAGGGAGCCGCAGUCCAUCCCGCCUCGUACAUCUGCCCGCUCAUCGAGCGAAAUCUGGCGUCUCGACUCGACGCCUCCUUACUCGACGGGAACCACCCCUCCCAUUGUUUCUCGGCCGCGUGGAAUCGCUGCCGAUCGAAAGACUGCAGCCAGUCACAAUGUCUCGAUCGCUGCCUCGCCCGAGCAAUCUCAAGUGCGCAGUGGUUCUGGUUUUGGGUCGGUAUUAGCAUCUUCGCUCUCCCGGUCGUUCACAUUUGGACCGUCUUCAGCAUCACCGCCACCUCAUACCUUGAACAAGAAGAAGCCCAAUUUAGAGCAGCUGGGUCGCUCUUCAGGUCUGUCCAGCGACAAAAGCACCCCUGUACCCGAUGCCUACACGCCGGGCACCGAGAAGACCCAAUCAGAUACCGAAAGUGACCGCCUACCGCAGCCCGCCAAACCGCCAGCACGAUUCAAAGUAACAUUUAAGAACAAAAGUGCCUUCAAUGGCGACGAUGAUUCCGCGCCGGAUUCCCUGCUCGACCGUAGCAAAGAAUGGCUAUACAGAUCCUACCGAGGCGCCUACGCGGACCUUUUAUCGAUAUGGGAUCUCCCAGUCCAACAAAGCGAAGUCCUCAAGAUCGGAGCGGUCUCCGACGACGCGGAGACCAUGCAAACAAGCCAGUACUGGGGCAGCCACAGUUCGAAAAUGACGUCUUUCCAAGAACCGAUAACGGGCGGCCCAAAUACGUCAGGCUUCGAGGGCCUCGAUUUCCAACGUCACUGCGCCAAUUGUGGCCACGCUUUACAAAUAUCCAUAUUCGCACCAGGCCCAGUCGUUCCCGACACUCCGUCCAAACGCACUCGCAACAAACCAUCCCAGCGAUGUCCGAACUGCAAGCCGCGCCAACCUCUCCCUACAAAGUUGCCCUGUGUGAUCUGUGCCGAAGCAGUGGAAGGCAUGUUGAUUCCUUGCCUGAGCUGCGGGCAUGUCAGUUGCUUCGAGUGUCACAACCGGUGGUUCCUUCACAGCGACAAUAGCAGCCACCCCGACCACCAUGACCAUUCCCAUUCGCGCAAAGCCCGCGACUCUGACACAUCGUCGACUAAUCCAUCUCUCCCUCCGUCCUGUCCCACGGGCUGCGGCUGCUUCUGCUCCGAACACAUCGUAGCCCAAGUCCCCAUGCCACCCUGGCAACCACCCGUUUCCGCAUCAGCAGGUGUCUCACCACGCGCCAAAGAAACACACGCGGGACCACACCGCACAGCCUCGCACGAGAAACAGUCGCGUCACCGCCGCCGCCAGUCCGAACCCGGGGCCGCGGGCCCGGAGUCGAGCGGGACUACGACGCCUACAACGGCGAAGGGAGGCGUCGGUCAGAAUCAUGAUGAUUUGGAUGUUUGGCAGACUGCUUCGCCUUUUGCGUCGCUUGCUCGGGGGAUGGGUGGGGGUCUUAGCCAGGGUCUUGGUAGACAUAAGGAUGAUCGGAAGAAGAAUCGGUCUGUUGCUAUUGCUCUGCCAAAGGGGAAGUGGAAGUAA